AUGCGACCGACAUCGCGCACCGAGUUUGCGAUCGCAAUCAUCUGCGCGCUUACUCUCGAGGCUGACGCUGUUGAAGCCUUGUUCGAUGAUCCUUACGAUCGCCUAUCCAGAUACUACAGCAAGCAUCCGAGUGAUAGCAAUACAUAUAUAAAUGGACGGAUCGGAAAACAUAAUGUGGUAUUGAGCUACAUGCCAGGAAUGGGGAAGGGAAGCGCCGCCAGUGUCGCUGCAAAUUUACGAGUCAGCUACCCAGAGGUUAGGCUUGCUCUGGUCGUUGGUAUAUGUGGAGGGGCACCUUCACCACCGGAAUAUCCUGAUAUAUUCCUGGGUGAUGUUAUUAUCAGCAAUUCCGUGAUUGAAUAUGAUUUCGGUAAACAAUACCCCGACGGCUUCAAGCGCAAAACCGAUGUCCUGGACACGUUGGGUAGGCCAGACCAGGAGAUUCGAGGUUUCCUCAAGGCCCUUGAUGCGAGGAGAACUCGCAUGGAAUAUCAGGAAAGGAUUCUGCACCACCUCCAUGCUCUCCAGCAAAAGGACGGACUGUGGCGCAAUCCGCAGAUUGAUGACCUUCUGUUCAAAUCGUCUUACGUCCAUAAGCAUUACGAGAAGACUUCUGCUUGUGUCUGUGAUGGCUAUAGCAUCUGCGAGGCUGCACCUGACACUAGCUGUGCUGAUAUUGGGUGUAAAGAUAGCGAGGUACGUCGCCGUCGAUCGGAAGCAGGCAUCUCUAUGCACAUUGGGCGGGUGGCCUCCGCAGACACGGUGAUGAAGUCCGCCCAGCACCGAGACGAAAUAACUAAGAGAGAAAGGACUGUUGCCUUUGAGAUGGAGGGGGCAGGGGUAUGGGAUAAUAUCCCCUGCAUUAUCAUCAAAGGCGUGUGCGAUUACGCCGACAGUCAUAAAGACAAGUCAUGGCAGAAAUACGCAGCAGCAACUGGGGCUUCCGCGGCGAAGGCAUUCUUGGAGGACUGGAGGCCUACUCAACAAGAAGAUACAAGCAAAGCUCGCCACUUGAUGAUUCCUUUUGGAAGAAACCCGCGUUUUGUUGGACGCCAGGAUGAGCUCCUCGAACUAGAAAAGUUAAUGUCUAUGCCUGAUGGUCCGAAAAGGCUCGCUAUUACUGGUCUUGGAGGGGUUGGGAAGACCCAGGUAGCUCUCGAGCUAGUGUACCGUGUUCGAGAUAGAGAACCGCAUUGUUCAAUCUUUUGGAUCCCCUGCAUCAGCUACGAGGCUGUUGAGCAAAGCUUUACGGCAAUUGCAGAAACAGUCGAGGGUGAGAACAGGAAGCCAGCAGAUGUAAAGCAGUGGUUCAAGACCUACUUCAGCCAAACUGACUCGGACUGGCUCUUGAUCUUCGACAAUGCAGACGAUAUAGAAAUGUGGAUGAAAGGAGACAACAGUACCCCGCCAUUAACGGACUUUAUCCCAUUUAAUAAUAAAGGGCAUGUUAUCUUUACUACCCGGAAUGGAGAGCUAGCUGUGGACUUGGCAUCCUCUGAUGUGGUACAUAUUCACGCCCUUGAUAAAACAUCCGGCAUGGAGUUUCUGGACAAAUCUCUUCGCAAGGACGUGGAUCGUGAUUAUCAGGCAAUGCUUUCUCUGCUUCAACAGCUCACAUUCCUUCCAUUGGCUCUCAGCCAGGCUGUUGCCUAUAUAAACAAAAAGCAUAUCUCAAUAUCCGAUUACUCGACGCUUUUAGUGAAACAGGAGAAGGAUGUUGUGGACCUCCUCAGCAAAGACUUUGGCGACAGCCACCGCUACAAGGAUGUACAAAAUCCCGUAGCAAAGACAUGGCUCAUCUCAUUCACUCAGAUACAGAGUCUACAUCCACUUGCUGCCGAGUACCUAUAUUUGAUGGCCUGUGUCCAUCCACAAGAUAUCCCACGAACAUUCCUUGCCCCCAAGUUCAACAUUGAGAUGGUUGAUGCCCUUGGACUUCUGAGCGCCUUCUCCUUUAUCGCAUUACAACCUGGAAACGUCUCCUUACAAUCUGAAAAUUGCUUUAUUACUCUCCAUCGUUUGGUCCAUCUGGCAACUCGCAAUUGGAUGAGGAUGGAGGGUCGGUUACCUGCUUAUAUAUCCAAAGCAGCAGACCGAGUGGAAGAGGGUCUUCACAUGGAUCAGCACUGGCGAGAAUACGUGCCCCAUGCGGUACAUUUAUUAAGUGGUCCCGUACUGCGCAAAAAUCAAGCGCGGUACCGCGACUUCUUGGAGAAUGUGAUGCGUUGCUUUGUCGACGACGGGGGGUAUGGUGAAGCCAGAAAACUACUAGUACUUUACGCCAACGCAGGGUAUUAUGAAGCGGGAACACUGGCACUACGGAUAUUAAGGAUGCGCAAUGCGAUUUCAGGGCCCGACCGCCACCCUGAGGCUGUAUGCCUUCUUCAUGACCUUGCUUCAUUAUAUCUGGCUAAAGGCCGGCUUGGGGAAGCAGAAAGAGUGGGGGUAAUUGCAUUGAAAGUGCGGAUGGAUCUGCUGGGUCCAGAGCACCCUGAUACUCUAUGCACUCUUGAUACCCUUGCGCGUAUAUACCGGCAGCAAGGGCAACGCAAGAAAGCAGAGGAAGUGGAUGUAUUAGUAUUGGAGGCGCGGAAGAAUCCCCCAAGGCCACAGAACUUUGGUACUCUAGACAUACUGGAAGGACGUGUAGCUGGACGGGAAGAAACAGAACGGCUGCACAUCCAGGUCAUGGAGAUACGAAAACGGGUACUAGGCUCCGAGCAUCCUUUGACUCUGAUGGUCAUGGCUAGCCUUGCAAGAAAAUACUUUGCACGCGGUCAAUGGAAGGAAGCAGAAAAUGUCGCGCUACAGGCAAUGGAGGGGCAGAGGCAGGCGCUGGGGGCAGGGCAUCCCGAGACUAUAGAGAGUAUGCAAACCCUUGCAUUAGUAUACGCAUGGCAAGGACGACUGCAGGAAGCAAGAGAACUACAGGCUACGGUAAUGGAGGAAGCGGGGCGUAUGGUCGAUCAAGAGAAUCCCCACAGUCUCUUGAUCAUGCUUAAAAUUGCGAUUAUUUGGAAGAAUAUAGGGAAGGUUGAAGAGGCUAAAGGUCUGAUGGAAAAGUGUACAGAGCUUGGAAGACGUAUGCUAGGGCCUGACCACCCAUGUACCAUGGAGUCUUCUAAUGAGCUCAGACGGUGGGCGUCGAAAGAUCAAGGAGGAUAG